CAAAUAAGAAGGCAACCACCACCGUCGCGUCUCCAACCCCAACUGCUCUCUCUACCUUUCCUCGAAAUAUCCCGUGACCUUCGUCUUCCCAAAUUUUUCGAAUUUAAAUCCUCUAGAUCUACUCGUUUCGUCGGUUAUUACGAUUGACUGGGUUCCUUUCUCCAGGAAGGAUAAUUCCGAUUGAUUGAUUGAUUGUUGAUUUCCGAUUUAGGGUUUGUUUUUCCCCCUUUUUCGCUCUCGGAUUAGGGUUUGUUUGUGUUUGUGAUGGGUGAAGAGGGUCCAGUGUUCGCCGUGGGCGAUGGGUUUCCUCCUGAUGAUUUUAAUGGUGGUUUUGAGUUUGAAGACGACGAUGAGGAUCUCACUAUUGACAUCGAAACCAUUUACCGGAUUCUUGAUGAGAAGCCUGAUUCUGCUGAGGGUAGCCAAGAUAAUUCAUCUCCAGCUGCUUCUUCUCCUGACGAGCUCAAGAAUUCACACUCGCAAAAUGGAACUCAGACAGUUGAUUGGUUACCUUCUCGGGAUUCAUAUAGCUUAAGAGCUUCGCCUUCUGGGACAUUUGAUGACCAUGUGAAACUUGAAUCUGGCCUUACUCCAUCACCUGCUCGCACUUGCUCUGCGAGUCUUAAAGAUUGGUUUUCAGUGAGCCAGGAUGAGAAGCCUGUCGAAACUUAUGGCGUAGCUCAAUCUGAGAUGACUAGUGGUAGUGUAUCCUCUGGUUCCGUCGACAGAGACCAUGGUGCCAACGUCUCCUUCAAUCCUGUGAAUUGUGAAGUUGACACUUUUUCCAAGCAGGAGUACAGAACAACUGACACCAAAUUGGCAUCGUGCAGCCCCACAGCGUAUAUAGAGGAAGUUCAUGGAUAUGGAGCAGGGAUGGGAGUUACACAUAAUUCCUCCGCCAUGUCUGGUUUUUGUUAUAAUUCCAAUACUCUCGGUAACGGUGCGGAUAAUUGUUACAAUACAAGUGGUGCAUCCUUAUCAGAACAUACCCCCAGUUACGCGUUUCAGUUCUUUCCCAACAAAGAAGAAGCUGUAAAUGAUGUUGACAGUGGAGUAAGUGAGUGUCAGUCGGAUGGUGCCAGCCUGAUGGUUUUUGAUAGACACGGGAGAGUAGAUUACGGAUAUUUAGACAGGGAACCUGUUGUUGAUUUCUCUAGUGCAAGAGGGAUCGGUUUCAAGUGUGAAAGUAAUCCCUCAGUUCCUCUUCCCUGUGCCAAACCGUACAAUAGUUUUGACAGUCACUUAGCUGAUAAUGACGUUGCCCCUCUGAAGGUUAAGCCAGAGGCUGAGUCAGAGAAUGUGAUUUACAGUUCAGUUCCAAAGGAAGAAAGUGUUAUGGACUCUGUUUAUGCACCUGGGGAAACCAGUCAUUGGUGGACUGGUGCAUCUGGCUGUUCAGUCUCCUAUCAAACAGAUAUCGAGGAAGGAUUUGCAUUUAUGGCACAGCAAACUAGUUUCCCUAGUCAAGACUUUGGCAAUUCCAGUAAACUUUAUGAUUCAAAUGCAUGUUUGCAAUAUGUUGCAGCAGAUCCGAGCCCAGCGACACAGAUCAAUGGGUAUUUAGACUCUCUGACACAUCAUGGAAACCAUGAACGUAUUCAACCAAGGACCAUUGAUUAUAACUUCUCAAAUGGCAGCUUUGAAUCAGUUCAAAGUCUUUCUUCAGAAUGUAUAUCUGAUAGUGAUGAUGAUUCGGACGUCUGCAUAAUAGAAACUAAUUGUCAACCGGCAAACCCAUAUCGACCUCUACCUAUGAAAAUUCCGGUGGUUUCUUCACAACAUUCUUCAGUUGGUCAGACUUUAAAUCAACCUGGAGGCACGAGGCAGCCAAGCAAAGAAAACAUGAUGGUUCAAGCUGCAUUGCAGGAUCUAUCUCUGCCUAAUGCUGAAGCAAGUCUUCCUGAUGGUGUCUUGGCAGUUCCCCUUAUGAAACAUCAGCGAAUUGCAUUGUCAUGGAUGGCCAAUAAGGAGACAACUGGCUUACCCUGUUCGGGAGGAAUUCUUGCUGAUGAUCAGGGACUUGGGAAGACAAUUUCCACUAUAGCACUUAUUCUAAAGGAACGGUCUACACCUUCCCGAGCAUGUGAAGAGAAGAAGAAAGAAUUUUUUGACUUAGAAAGCGAGGGUGGAGAAUGUGCGUCCUCAAAACCUAAUGAACAAAAUGGAAAUAGUGUGGAUAAGGUGAGGGGAAGGCCAGCUGCUGGAACGCUUGUUGUCUGUCCCACGAGUGUUAUGCGACAGUGGGGUGAUGAAUUACGUAAGAAGGUGACUAGUGAAGCGAAUCUCACUGUACUUGUAUACCAUGGGGCCAGCAGAACAAAGGAUCCUCAUGAGCUGGCUAAAUAUGAUGUUGUGGUUACUACAUAUUCUAUCGUGAGCAUGGAAGUGCCAAAGCAGCCACUUGUUGAUGAUGAGGAUGAAGAGAAGGAUGAUUUAAAUAGUGGUGAAGGUGCAGCUGCUGGCCUCUGCCCAAACAAGAAAAGGAAAUAUCCUCCCGAUUCUCAAAAGAAGGGAUCAAAGAAGAAGAAACGUCUAGAUCGCGCAUUGGUUGAGGCUCAGUCGGGCCCUCUUGCGAAAGUUUCCUGGUUCAGAGUUGUUCUGGAUGAGGCACAGAGCAUUAAGAAUCACAAAACCCAAGUUGCAAGAGCAUGCUGGGGCCUUCGUGCUAAGCGGAGGUGGUGUUUGUCUGGUACUCCAAUCCAAAAUUCGAUCGAUGAUCUCUACAGCUACUUCCGGUUUCUCAAAUAUGAUCCUUAUUCUUCCUACGUUUUGUUCUGCAACUCAAUUAAGAACCCUGUAGCUAAGACCCCGGUGAAAGGAUAUCAAAAGCUGCAGGCUAUCCUUAAAACAGUGAUGCUUCGCCGAACUAAAGGUUCAUUUAUUGACGGGAAACCCAUAAUCUGUUUACCUCCGAAGUCCAUUGAAUUGAGAAAAGUGGAUUUCACUGACGAGGAACGUGAUUUCUACUCCAACAUAGAGAAGGAAUCUCGUAAUCAAUUCCAGGAAUAUAAAGAAGCCGGGACAGUGAAGCAAAAUUAUGUGAAUAUAUUGUUGAUGCUCUUGCGCCUUCGUCAAGCUUGUGAUCACCCUCUUCUCGUUAAAGGUGAAUACAGUUUUACUUGGGAAUCCUCGCUCGGAUUAGUCAAGAAGGAGAAUUCCUCAGAAGCUUCAUUACAAAUUUGUGGAUUCUGCAAUGAUUCACCUGAGGAUGCUGUUGUGUCAGUCUGUGGUCACGUUUUCUGUAAGCAGUGCUUUUAUGAGUGCCUUACGGGCGAUGAUCAUCAAUGCCCGAUUGCAAACUGCAAUCGUCGACUCUCUGCUAUGCCUUCCAUGCAUGAUAGUGCCACUUCAGUUAAUGUUGAGACUGUUGACCCUUCUUCUGAAGAUUCUCCAUAUGAGUCGUCUAAAAUCAAGGCUGCUCUAGAGAUCUUACAAUCACUUGCCAGACCGCAGGAUGUGACAGAUAUGAAGCAGAUCUCUCAAAAGGGAGAGGACUCCAGUCUUCCUGUAACUCCAGUCAAGGUUGUUGGAGAAAAAGCCAUUGUUUUCUCUCAGUGGACAAAGAUGUUGGACCUACUUGAAGCUUCUCUGAUAAGUUCGCGUAUUCAGUAUAGAAGGCUCGAUGGAACAAUGUCAGUUGCUGCCCGAGAUAAAGCAGUGCAGGAUUUCAACACUCUCCCUGAGAUUACUGUAAUGAUCAUGUCACUCAAGGCUGCUAGUCUCGGACUGAACAUGGUAGCAGCGUGUCAUGUUCUAAUGCUAGACCUGUGGUGGAACCCAACAACGGAGGAUCAAGCUAUCGAUAGAGCACAUCGAAUAGGACAGACACGACCAGUAACAGUGGUUCGAUUCACAGUAAAAGAUACAGUUGAGGAUCGCAUAUUAGCCCUUCAGCAAAAGAAGAGAAUGAUGGUAGCCUCUGCAUUUGGUGAAGAUGAAAAAGGAAGCAGACAGUCUCACCUCACCGUGGAGGACUUGAACUAUCUGUUUAUGGCGGAUUGAUGAGAGCUCUUUUUUACCAGUGCGUGGGUACAUAUGAUAGGAUUUUCUUUGGUUAUUGUGCAGUUUAUGGAGGAAGCGACUCUUGGUUUAACUAACUACAGGUUUGGGAAUACGAAAAUAGGGAAAGAUGAAUCCGAUUGUUCACUAUUCUAUUUAGACGUUUAGGUAUUAUUGCAAUUAAGACAGUAGGAGCCUUUUGCUUUCGAAAUACUCACUGUAAGAAUACAAUUUGAUGGUCCAUCAGGUUAACUAUAGCUUUACUUCUUCG